AACUAACACUACAUCUACUGGGAUUUCCUCAUUCAGAACUAGUCAAAGCCGUGAUCACUGUUUAUCUUCGUCACUGCAGCUGGAAACUUAAUGUAAAACCACAGAAAAGAGGAACAGCUCACCGCUCAUCUACAAACAAAAAAGUCUUUUGGUUCUUCUGACAUUAAGAAAAUGAACUUAUUCUUUCUCCUUCUUCACCUGACCUCCACUGUUCAGGGAGGGAUUACCGAUGAAACACCACCUGCUCAUGAGAUUGAAGAAGAAGACAACAUCACCUUCAGUUGGGACAGCAUGACCCAAACGGACAUGUCUCUCACCAACAUGAUCUGCCUCCUCCUCUUGCGUCGUCCUAAAGUUCUCUAUGAGAUCAUUAAUGGAGCUGAGGUGACAGAGUUUCAAGACGAGCGGUUUGCAGGACGGGUUCAUUGUGACAGAGAAGCUCUGAGAGAAGGACGUCUCAGACUCCAUCUGUCCAGACUCAGCACUGAAGACUCUGGGACGUACCGCUGUGAUCUGGCUACUGGUUAUAACCAGAAGUUAGAGAGAUGGGAGUUAAAGGCUUCAGUAAACUUUGUCCUGAACGUGACCAAAACGUCUAAUGGAGACAUUUCUGCGUCUGUGGAAACGCCAAAGCCUGGACACAUCCAAAAUGGGGUUAAGCUACCUGCUCUACUGGCAGCCAUUGCUGUCAUUGUAGUUCUUUGUUUGGCCAUUUGGGCUGUCCCCAGACUACAUGGAGGAAGAUGCAAAGUUGCCAUGGAUACAGAUGAACCAGGUUACUUCGUAUAACAAGCAAGGGUCUUGAGGAUCAUGAUAAACCAGUAGGAUGAUCUUCUUCCAUCCACAUUAGCUCCAGAUAUUGAAGAUCAUUUUCCACAGGAUCUCUGUCCUGAUGUUUGGAUCCAGAAAUUAUUCUGCUUGUUUCCUUUUUAAUAUUUGUAAUUUUUGUGAUUACCAAGAAGUGAUCUCUGCAUUAUUAUCUCUGCGUUUAUCGACUCCUGAAUGGCUGAGUCAGCAUUAAUAGUUUCUGCCACUUACUGAUGUGUUGCUCUUCCUAAAAUCGAUCUAAGAAUGCAAUGAUGUGUGAAUAUAUAUAUAUAUAUUUUUACUUUGAAUCAAAUGUUUUAUCGAGAAACAAAUAUGUUUUUUGAUUGUACUUGAGUUUAGACAAUCAAGUCUUAUAUUUUGCUUUAUUUUUUAACUUUUAAUUUUAUCAUUGUAAAACAGUGCACUGGAUGCAACUAUUUACUAUAAGUAAUAUUUGACUUUUCUUUUCACACCAAGAAUGGAAGCAUAUCAAACCUUCUGCCUCUGAAAUCCUUUUCCAUCCUGGAGAGCAUCUGGCAUCAUCAUGGUUUGCAGCCUUUAGCUACGUUAGUAUGAAAUCCAAAGAUCUGCAACCUGAAUAAACUCGACCCCAAGAAAGAGCAUUAAGAGCAGAUAGGAGUCAUUUUUAGAUCAUAUUGUAUCUGAGACAAAACAAAAUCCCAGAGAGAAUCCUGAUUCCAACGAACAUCAUCAUCAUUUUUUAAAUACAUGCUUUUUAUUAAAUAUUUAUAAUGUGUUCAUUUCUUGCACUUUAGAUGACAUUUAUUUAUUAUGAAACUAUUUAAAACCUUCAUUUCU